AUGGCCUUCUUCCAAGCUUUUUCCUGGCACGAAGGUGAAACCGCCAUCCGCAAACGAACGCGUAUCGAUUUCCGCGAAGACAACCCGACUUCUCCGUUUCUGACUCCACGUGCCGCACAUCAAGCUCAGCGUUAUCCUCUUAUUGCCAUCGGAACACUCGAUGAAGACGACCGACCGUGGUGCACAAUCUGGGGAUCAGGGGAACCACCCAUUGCGCAGCCAGUGGCCCAAAGCGUCCUCGGCAUUCGAACCAAUGUUGACGCCACUUUCGAUCCUGUUGUGGAAGCAAUAUGGAAAGGGAAAGAUGAUGGCGAAGUCAUGCGGGAAGAAGGCCAAGGCAGAAUGAUGGCCGGUUUAAGCAUCCAUCUCGAAGAAAGAGGACGGGUCAAAUUAGCCGGAAGAAUCAUCGCUGGCGCUUUGUGUGCACAUCCACAGCCUGAAGGUCACGCUGAAGACACCGAUGAAACCCAGUCCGGGAAAUCAGGCCAAAUCCAACUCGUUGUCAAAAUCGACCAGAGUCUGGGGAACUGUCCGAAGUACCUCAACAGGAAGAAAAUCACUUCGUCAAGACCGAAACCGAGACUCCGAUCUUCCUCACCUCACCUCUCGCAAAAAGCCAUCGACCUCAUCCACAAAGCCGACUUAUUCUUCCUCGCAUCCGCACACGAGCGCGAAGACAUGGACGUCAACCAUCGAGGAGGCCCGCCAGGCUUCGUCCGCGUGGAACAACCUUCCCACAUCGACGAAGGAAGCGCAAUCGUCUGGCCCGAGUACAGCGGGAAUAACUUGUACCAAACCCUCGGCAAUCUCGAAACAACACCACAUGCAGGACUGGUGAUUCCGGACUUCGACACCGGCGACGUCCUCUACGUGAGCGGCGACACCGAAACCCUUGUCGGCGCCGCAGCGAGCAGCGUCAUCGCAAGGAGCAGCCUAGCCGUCCGUCUAAAAGUUACCGCCACACGAUUCGUCGAAGACGGUCUCCCCUUCCGUGGCACGCUGAUGGACGAUGCUUCGUUGGGCCGCUCCCCUUAUAACCCUCGCGUACGGUUCUUGGCCAGCGAGAAAAAGGACGCCUUCGCCAAAGCAACGCCGGGUGAAGACGCGCCGACGACAGCACAACUCGUUCGCAAGACCAAACUCACGCCCACAAUCACACGGUACCGCGCUGCCCUUUCUGACCCUUCGGUCUUCGGACCCUGGAAACCGGGGCAAUACGUAGCGAUGGACUUCGCGGCCGAGCUCGACAUGGGCUAUUCACACAUGCGCGACGACAACCCCACGAAUUUGAAUGACGACUACAUUCGCACUUUCACCGUGUCGUCCACACCAGACUCGCUGGGCGAACACGGUGAAGAGUUCGAAAUCACGGUCCGCAAAGUCGGCCAUGUCACGUCGUGGCUCGAGUUGCAGCGCGAAGGAACCUGUGACAUCGGCAUCAGAGGAUUUGGAGGCGAAUUCUGGUUCAAUCAACCAUCCCCGGGCAGACUCAAUGGUUUCAUCGCCGCAGGUAUUGGUAUCACGCCUCUGCUCGGGCAGAUGGGCUCUUUGGAUCUUCAGAGCCUGAAAGUCUGGUGGAGCAUCGGCAUCAAAGAUGUCGGCUUGCCUCUCGAUAUCCUCACGCAAUAUCCGGCACUCAAGGACUGCAUGAUAAUCUACCUCACGGGCGACGAUUCGUUGCUUGAGGAUGAUGAUGGGAAGGCCGGGAAAUCCAAACUCCAAGCCUUCAUGGACAUGGGCGCUAAGAUCGAGAGGAGAAGAAUACAACAAUCUGAUCUGACAGGCGAAGCAGAACAAGUGGAGAAUUGGUACCUUUGCACGGCGCCGGCGAUGAGGAAGGUCGUUCAGGAUUGGAUGCCUGGCAAGACGCUGGUUUACGAGAAUUUUGAUUAUUGA